AUGGCUCGUUUCUCGAAGUCCUCCUUGGCACGUCUCCUCACCUCCACAACCUCAGCAUCUUCCUCCAGUUUCUACCUCCGUCACUUUUCGGAGUCAGCAGAGCCGCAGCGUAAUAUCUGGAUCUCGUUGUUCAGUGGCAAUAGAUUAGUGGAAGGGAGGCCCAAAGAUAGCCGCAAGAUUCAGAUAGAAAAAACUAGUCAACCUAGGGUUUUCGGUAAGAGCGAAAAGACUAGUAAGAGUACGGAGGAGAUUGACGAGAUUGACCAUCUGAAUUUUUUGGAACAGACUUGGCGGUAUAUAAAUGAGACGCGGUCGGAUAUCAAUUCUCUUCGCUGGAAAAACAAUAUGAUUAACAUAAUUCACACACUUCAUCCUGCUACUUAUUUCACUCCUGAGGUUGAGAAGGCUUUGCAUGCUUUUGACUGUGGCAUUCUUGUUCUUUGUAGUGUUGGUGGGGUGCAAACCAAAUCUAUUAUUCUUGAUAAGACAAUGAGAAGAUAUAAACUUCCAAGACUUGUAUAUAUUAACAAACUUGACCACAAUGGAGCAAAUCCCUGGGAAGUUUUAGAUCAGGUAAACUUAAUAUUAUUGGAGAUUUUCUAUAUUGAGGGAUGCUAG